AUGUCGAGUGUCGUGGGACUAGAUAUUGGUAAUAGCAGCAGUAAGAUUGGCGUUGCGCGUGCGCGUGGCGUUGACAUUGUUUCCAAUGAGGUGAGCAACCGCAGCACUCCUUCGCUUGUGUCCUUCGGUCAGAAGGCUCGUUUGCUGGGUGAGGGCGCGGCUACUGCUCAAACCUCGAACUUCAAGAACACCGUUGGCUCGCUGAAGCGUCUUAUCGGCCGCACCUUCCAGGAUGAAUCAAUCCAAACCUACGAGAAGCCUUUUGUUAAUGCCGAACUUGUUGACGCGAAGGGCGAGGUCGGUGUGAAGGUUCGCUUCCAGAACGAGGAGCAUAUUUUCUCGGCCACGCAGCUCUUGGCCAUGUACUUGGGUAAGCUUCGUGAUACUACCCAGAAUGAACUCGGUGGCUCGGGCGUGAGUGAUGUUGUGCUCUCUGUCCCUAUCUGGUUCACCGAUGCUCAGCGUCGUGCCAUGCUUCAUGCUGCCGAGAUUGCGAACUUGAACCCCUUGCGUGUCAUGAACGAGCCUACGGCUACCGCUCUGGGCUAUGGUAUUACCAAAACCGACCUGCCGGAACCUGACAGUCCUCGCAAUGUCAUUUUCGUUGACAUUGGCCACUCUAGCUACCAGGUGUCGGUUGUCGCUUUCUGCAAGGGCCAACUCACUGUCCUUGGUGCAUGGGCUGACCCUAACUUCGGCGGUCGCAACUUCGACCGUGUCCUGAUGGAACACUUCGCCGAGGAGUUCAAGGGCAAGUACAAGAUUGACGUGUUCUUCAACCCCAAAGCCACCUUCCGUCUGGCGGCUGGCUGCGAGCGCCUCAAGAAAGUGCUCUCUGCUAACACUCUUGCUCAGCUGAAUGUGGAGAGUCUUAUGAACGACAUUGAUGCUGCUUCCCAGCUGAAGCGUGACGAGUUCGAGUCCCUUAUUGCGCCCUACCUGGAGCGCGUCAAUGGACCGCUGGAUGCAGCUUUGUCUCAGUCUGGCCUUACGAAGGAUGAGAUUCACAGUGUUGAGCUGGUUGGUGGCAGCUCGCGCGUUCCUGCUCUGAAGGAACGUAUUGCGGCAUGGUAUGGCAAGCCUCUCUCAUACACUUUGAACCAAGACGAGGCUAUCGUUCGUGGCUGUACCCUUGCUUGCGCCACCCUCUCUCCUGUUUUCCGUGUGCGCGAGUUCUCUGUGCACGACAUCUCCUCUUAUCCGAUUAAGGUUUCGUGGGAACCUGCUCCUGAUGUACCUGAUGAAGAAAAUGAGCUCGUUGUUUUCAACACUAACAACCCUGUGCCUUCUACCAAGAUUCUUACUUUCUAUCGCAAGGAGCCUUUCUCCUUGGAUGCGACUUACGCUGACGCGAGCACUCUACCUAAGGGCACGAACCCUUGGCUCGGCCGUGUAACUAUUAAGAAUGUGGCGCCGAACGAGAAGGGUGAGCACUCGAUUGUCAAGGUGAAGGCACGCCUGAAUCUGCAUGGCGUUCUUAAUGUGGAAAGUGCCUACACGGUGGACGAAAUUGAGAAGGAGGAGGAAGUACCAGUUGUGGACCCGAACGCGGCCGAGGACGCUGAGCCGAAAACCGAGAAGAAGAUCGUUAAAAAGCUGCAGCGCAAAGACGAUCUCCCCAUUGUUUCUGGCAUUGGUCUCCUCGACCCAACCUUGCUUGCGGAACUCAAGGAGCGUGAAGGUCAGAUGUACGCCGCCGACAAGCUCGUGGCGGACACAGAGGACCGCAAGAACGCUCUCGAGGAAUACAUUUAUGACACUCGUUCGAAGCUCGAUGAAAGGUAUGCUACCUUCGUCCAGUCUGAGGAGAAGGAGAAGCUGUUGGCUAUGCUUGCUGAAUCGGAGGACUGGCUCUACACGGAAGAGGGAGAAGACGCCACCAAGUCUGCCUACGUGAGUCGCCUCGAGACACUGCAGAAGGUCGGCGCGCCGAUCCACUUCCGCUGGAAAGAGCAUGAAGAGCGCCCCAAGGCUGCUGCUCAGCUUCGUGAGGUUGUUAACAAGUACAUGAGCGUGUUUGAGAACGAGCCUGAGAAGUACGAUCAUCUAUCAGACGACGACAAGACCAAGGUGAUUGAGAAGGCUGCCACCGUGGGCAAGUGGCUUGAUGACUAUAUGUACAAGCAAAGUGAACUGCCUAAGAAUGUGGAUCCGAAGCUCACAUCUGAGGAAAUUCUGAAGAAGAAGGACGACGUGAUCUAUGUUUGCACACCGAUCCUCACGAAGCCCAAACCUCGUGUGCCGGUUGACACAUCCAAGCCUGAGGAGAAUGCUCAGACCUCGAAUGAGAACGAGAAGCAGGGUGACAUGGAUGUCGACUAA